UCAAUCUUCUUCAAAGAUGGUGGAAGUGUUAAUAUAAAAGUUCGCUCUUUUGAUUCAAGAACUGUAAGCAGAUUGCAGAAAUUCACUCUUAUUGCCCCAACUGCUUAUCUUCUGCUUAGUCUUCAAUUGCUUGAAAAUUGCAUCAAACAAAACCAUGAAUAUCAUGCAGAAUCUUUCUUUUAGAGUAGAGCCAAUGAACCAACUGGCAGAGGCUAAAAAGGACGAGGAUGAUUGGACGGGUACAACAAAUGCAAAGGAAAGGAGAAAGCGACAAAACCGUUUGAAUAUCAGGGCUUUCAGAAGACGGAAGGCACUUGAAGCAAGAUCCACUCCCAAAGACCGAUUCGUUAUAUGGAAGCCACAGCCCCAGCCCAAUAGUUCAACUCAGAACUCCCUUCCCACAGCAAAGCCUCUAGAUCAGCAGCUCGCAAACAUAAAUCAAGCUUCAGAGGUACCAGGUUUAACAUUUCCGCUGCCUCUAGAUCACCUUCUUACGCUUAUUCAAUACAACGUUCUCCGCGCUUGCAUGACAAACUCGACCAUUCUAAACCUACCUCACACCACUGCCACUGAGUGCCGCAGCAUGCUCAGCGCCCCCAUGUUCCCAGCCCCUUCCACUAUUCCACCCUCUCUCUCUCCGACCCCAUUACAGCUCAGCACUCCUCAUCCCCAAUGGAUAGAUGUACUUCCGUGUCCGAAAAUGAGAAACAAUGCCAUGCUUACUUUCCAUGAAAUCGAUGAAGAUGAUUUGUGUAGGGAUCUGUGUGGAGGUAUAUUUGAAGAUUGUAAUGAUUUGGAUGAGAAGGGGAUGCUGGUCUGGAAUGAUCCGUGGCAUGCAAGUGGAUGGGAAGUCACAGAGGGGUUUGCGAGGAAGUGGGGCUUCUUGUUGAAGGGAUGCCAUGAAAUCGUCGAGGCUUCGAAUAAGUGGAGAGAAUUGAGGAGUGAAGAUAGGUUGAUUAUCGAGGUUUGA